ACUAUUGAUCCUGACCCUUCGUCAGAUAUGUGCUCAAGAGCAUAUCAAGACGGCCCGGUGCAGCGAGGUAACCUUCUUUGUUUGACUAUGCCUGUCGACGACUGAGUUUUGACCGCCGCGCUAUCGUGUCCGCCUCAUCCGAGCACGCAAGCUUCGUACUUCCGUCAGCUCAUGCACGUUACCGUCCACUACUAACAGCGCGUCUUUUGCUAUAAUUAUCGCCAACCCAGGCACCUGCCGUUGUGGUGCAUAGUGCCUCAGGCGUCGUGACAACACCAAAACAUAGAAGCCACCUUGCACUCCGUCCCUGUCACAUCUCAACCCACAAUGGACAUCUUCCGCCGGCACGAGGGCCACCAUGAAGUCGAGUCCAAGUCCUACUGGGCACUCGGAUACUCGUUCGAGCCGCUGAGCGACGAGCAAAAGCACCAGCGCCGCGAGAACCUCGACUACUACGGCUUCGCCGCGCAAUGGUCCGUGUUAGUCGUCUUCGCCCUGUUCCAGAUGUCGUUUGGCAUCAGGUGGAUCGUCACCAAGGGCAUGCGCUAUGAGCAGCCCAAGUCUCCGUCGUUCAAUAAGGGCCGCGAGAACACCCUGGGGUGGCUGAAGGGGCUGCAUAGUCGCUACGCGAGGGUCAUGUGGUGGAUGCAGAAGGAUGUCGUUUCGAGAUGGGACUGGGGGACGAGAGGGGAGUGGAUCGGGGGGACUCUCUGGACCGCAUGGCUUCUUUAUCUCUGCUUCGUCAAUACUUCGCCUGACUAUCUUCACCUCACCAAACGCUUCGGCCAGAUUGGCGCCUCACAGCUCCCCCUCCACUACCUCCUGGCCAUGCGAACGCCCUACUCACCCGUCCAAUGGAUCACGCGUCUCUCGCACGAGCAGCUCAAAGCCGCCCACCAAGUCCUCGGCCGCAUCGUCUACCUCCUCUUCCUCCUGCACGCCGUCUUCUACCUCGUCUUCUUCGGCAUGUCCAACCUGCUCGCCAAACGCCUCCAGGACCGCGACGUAAUCUUCGGCCUCAUCGCCCUCGCCCUCUUCACCGCAAUCAGCACCACCGCCCUCGGCUUCGUCCGCCGCCGCAACUACCGCGUCUUCUACCUCUCGCACGUCGCCAUCGCCAACCUCCUCGUCGUCCCCCUCUUCCUCCACGUCUCGCACCUGCGCAUCUACGUCUACCAGACCGUCCUCAUCCUGGCCCUGCACACCCUCUCACGCACCCUGCGCCUGAAAUCCUACCAGGGCACCCUGCGCCUCCUCCCCGGCACCUCGCUCGUGCAGAUCCGCAUCCCGCUCCCGGACGCGCACCCCGCGCUCGCCUGGCCCCCCGGCCAACACGUCUACCUGACGCGUCCGCACGGCGCCUCCAAACCCCCCGGCUUCGCGGCCCAGUGCGCACAGUCGCUGCACGCGAACCCAUUCACCAUCGCCUCGCUCCCCGGGCUCGACCGCGAACUGCUCCUCGUCGCGCGCGCGCGCGCCGGCGCUACACGCGAACUCGCCGCUCUCGCCCAACGCCUCGCGAAAGGCGGCGCAGGCGUGUCCAUGCUGCCCACCGCCGGCGGCGACAUCCCGCUGCUCGCGCUCGCCCUCGAAGGGCCCUACGGCGCGUCCGCCCGCCUGCCCGACCUCACCGAGUACGACUCCGUGCUGCUGGUUGCUGGCGGCGUGGGCGCGACCUUCGUGCUGCCCGUGUGGCGCGCGCUGGCCGAGUUCCACGACGCGACGCCCGGCGCCGCGCGCGUACGGUGCGUGUGGGCCGUGCAGACGCUUGCGGACGCGCUGUGGGCGUUUCCUGAGACCGCGGGGAGCGGGGUGGAUGCGCGGCGCGACGACGCCGUGCGCGGGGGCUUGCUGGCGCGCCCGGCCGAGGUCGAGGUGUAUGUGACCCGGGGCGCGGGUGCGGGCGCAGCCGUGGGCGCAGAGCCUAUAUUCGCGCUCGACGACGACGACACCGAGGGCUUCGAGAUGCAAGAGAGCGCGCAGCUACUAGGCGCGCAGGAGCAGCCAAACACAACACGGCGCGGGAUGGUGGUCACGCACGGGCGGCCCGAGAUGCGGGCCGUGGUGGACGAGGUGUUCAGCCGGGGGACGCGCACGGCGGUGCUGUGCUGUGGGCCGAAGCGGCUGACGGCCGACUUGAAGGCGUGUGUCGAGGUGUAUGUGCGCAAGGGGUGUGAGGUGUUUUGGUACGAUGAGGCGUUUGGGUGGUGAGGAUGGCGGGGGGCUUGGAGAGCCGUGGUCUGGAGGUGUGCUGGAUGUGUGUAGACUGUGUAGCUGGCGUGGUGCUCUAGGCGUCUGUUAGGGCAGCAGAUCUGUCUUCUAGCCCUUACUACCUCGUGUACAAACAAUAACACUACCUCACCACAAGGACGCAAACACGAGAUAUA